GUUUCUCGCCUGUGCCGGCGAGCGCCAGUCUCCCGUAAACGUGCUCACGACCGGACCGUGCGUCCACAAUGGCGGGCAGGAUGGACAGCUGGACGGAAGGGCGAUGUACACCGUGGCUGGUGGUACCCCUCAGGUCACCGUGAGUCCCUACAUGCGGUCCGUGAUGUUGGAGGCCGACUUUGGCUCCAUCAUGCUACAGGACGACACCGGGCGGGACGUUGAGUACACGGCACACCAGAUCCACCUCUCCGCGGACAGCUGGCAUGCGUUGAAUGGUGCGCCGGCAGCGGCGGAGCUCAUGAUCCUGCACAAGCCCAAGGAGGCCAGCGACAUGAUCAAGGGCGGUGUGAUCGUGAGCGUGAUGUUUGAGCAUGACGACGCUGCGGACAGCCCGCUCUUCGAGCACCUGGCUAUGCCAAAGGAGGGCCCGGAAAUGGAAGCGCUGGGCUCAUGGCAGCUGCCUCACUACGUGAACCUCUUGGACAACCUUCAGGACGUACUGAAAGGUGCAACCUACCAGUACGAGGGUUCUGUGCCUGUGCCGCCCUGCACUGAGAACAUCAAGUACCUAGUCAUGGGCCAGGCCUUGAAAGUCAGCCCACUUCAGACGGCGAAGCUCCGAGACGUCCUCCAGUGCCUGGCUGGGGGCUACAAGAAGCGCAGCCCCAUGCCAAAUGGGCCCGGCAUGUGCCGCGACAUCACCAAGAACAGCCUCAAGGUGAAGCCUGGACACCAUAGCGCAGCAACCUGUCAGGCCGCGUGGAGGAACGAGACCUGGUACCGUUUGGCCGACUGCUGGGACUCUCAGAUGACCGGCGAGGAGAAGGCGCAAUGCUCCAAGUCUCCCAUCAACCUGGUCCCCGAGAUGGCCGGCUCUACGGAGGGAGGUUCGCUGAGCUUCAACAUGGCCCCAGUCAAGUCGGUGACUGUGACACCAAGCAACUACACCCUGGAUGCUCUGCCAAAUGUGUUUGCAGUGCCCGGAGCCAUCACGAACUUUGGGAGCAUGGUGGUCAACGGCCGAAGCUUCCUCAUGCACAAGAUCUCCGUGAAGCCGAUCUCCUCACAUAAGUACAACGGCAAGCACUACGCUGCGGAGCUUCAGGUGGAAGGCAUCAUGGAUGGUGAUGGCUUCAACAAGCUUGCCGAGCUUUCCGGGGUGCACGCUGGAGGAGAUGGUGGACACAGCUCCGGGGAUCAUGGAGGCCAUGGAGGUGAAAGCCAUGGCUCGGGCGAUGCUGGCCACAGUGACGGUGGUCACAGUUCCGGCGACAGCCACGACAGCCACGACUCUGGCAGCUCCGGUGAGCACGCCGAUGACCACUCCGACGGCCACAGUACCGAUGGUAGUUUCAGCACAGAUAUCGGUCACGGCACAGUCGACCACCACGAUGACCACGAUGCUGGAGAUCACGGUGGUCACGGUGGUGGACAUCGGCGCCUGCAGGCAGCCGUAGAGGUCUUCCACCGCGUCAUCUUGAGCGUUCCUAUCGAGAUCGGCACUGAAAACUCGCUCCUACGUGAAUUGGGUCUGCCGUUCGAUGCGUACAAGGAUUCGAUCAGUGCCAUGCACCCAUACCAAAUCGAGAACACCGUCAACCUGCGAAGCGCGCUCUCGAAGGCAUUGGACGGGCCCUGGAUGUGGUACAGAGGCGGGAUGGUGACCCCAGGAUGUCCCGACUGGGGCGUCCGAUGGCUGAUGCUGCAGACCCCUCUGCAAGCAAGCUUUCUGCAGCUGAACUUCUUGGACAUGAAGGUGUCAGGCAUGGACUCCACACGAGUGUUCCCGGUGGAGAUGGAUGACGCGACAUACAAGGCCACCGUGUUCAAGCAGAGCUUGCCAAUGAUGGCAGUAGACAAGCACAGCACGUGCGACGAACACGAGGAGUGGAACUACGACAACCCAAGCUGCUGGGCCCAGAAGCAUCCGAUCUGCGCCCAGGGGGCGCUGCAAUCGCCGAUUCACAUCGAGAGGUCGACAGUGACAACGCAGGGCAAGGACAAUUUCCUGAACAAGUGCAGCUGGCGUCCGGUGACCGGCUUGCAUGUCGUGAAUUUUGGAAAGGGCCUCGCCAUUCCGACCAACCAGAUCG